AUGCAUCUCCCUGGAGCAUUACUCGCCAACAGUACUGGCCCCCGGAGCAAUACAGCGACUUGCGACGAUCUCAACCAUUGUCGAAAACCAUCGCAUAUUGUCUGGAGUUGCCUUUCGACCAUCUUCAUCUACACCUAUGUCUCUAUGCACCUGAACGCUCCGAGUCCUCGCAAGGGGAUCCUGCGGCGCUGUGCUCGCGUCAUCAAGAUGAUGAUGUUCGCCUUCGUUGCCCCAGAACUCUUCGUGGGUUUCGCCUUCCGCCAGUUUUGUACCGCGUCUAGAUUUAUGGAAGGCUUUCGUCAAGAUCCUAAUGCUUCUCAUCCCGAGUUCCAUGAGGAUCGCGAGGCGACGAGAACAGAGGGCUUCUUCUUUGCGAUGGGCGGGUUUGCAAGCACCGAUGGUCACCCCAUUGUGAUGCUAUCCGAUUUUCGCGAGUACAGAUACCCCAAAGGAGACCUCGUUGACCCUAGGCCGUGGCUACGCCGAAAAAAAAGUGAAAUUGUGGACGCAGUUCGCAGCCUGUUACCUAAACAAACUGAGGACCACGAAGAGCCUGAGGAACAUCCAGCACUCCUCAUGACACCCCGCGAGCGAAUGGUGGCCGAUAUCAAAGACAAGAGCAACAAAAACCUAUUGGCCAAAGCGUUUGCAGUUUUGCAAGGCUUUUGGUUCAUUUUCCAAUGCGGGUUUCGCUUGAACCAGCGUCUGCCAUUGACGCAACUCGAGGUGAUGACAGUUGCCUAUGGCGGCGUCAAUAUCUUCAUUUGGUCGCUUUGGUGGUACAAACCCAUUGGUGUCGACCAACCAAUCCGGCUGCUGCGUGUUGAUGAAGAGGAGGAAGACGAAGACUACGUCCAGAUCAUCGAAAAUAAAGAGCGGCCAAAGAGAGCGAUGCUGCACAUUCGCGCAAUGAGCAUGAUUAUGGGCUUUUAUCCGCUUUACAAGCCGACCAUCGACCAUUCGGUGCCAGAGUUUUGGUCUUCAGAUCCGACAACAGCUGAUAUCAACCGGGGUUUCAUUGUAGAGUGCGCGGUGGGCUGUCUUUUUGGAUGGAUUCAUGUCGCAGCUUGGAACUCGGAUUUUCGCACUCCGGUUGAGUUGUGGAUCUGGAGAGGCUCCGCAGUUGCGGUUACGUGUGUGCCUCUUCUCUUCGCCGUCCUCAUAUUGCUUCCCGGAAGCGGGCGGAUAUUCCAGCGCUUCUUUUUCUACACGGUCUGUGCGCCGCUGUUUAUUCUCUAUGCCACUGGGAGAUUGCUUCUUGUUGGUAUUGCGUUUGCCGCAUUGAGAGCGCUACCGGAGCCGGCAUUGGAGGAUGUUUCUUGGAGUUCAUGGUUCCCGCACAUAACCUGA